ACCACCACCAACUCGACUCGAUCGAUUCUUUGCACAGUUUCCGCCCAUCUCGUAUUGCACCACAUGGAUCGCCACGGAUCGCAGGGCGGUGGCUGCGACGCCGUGCUGGAGUCCGGCGGCGCCGCGGGGCAGGCGGGGCCGGUGGUCGACGUCGACGGCGCGUUCCUGUUGCAGCUGCUGGAGGACACGCCAGCUGCGGCGGCGACGGGGCAGCAGCAGAUGGGGCAAGAAGACGACGACGCCGACGACCGCCUGAGCCGCGUCAUGCGGUCCCUAGAGGCCGAGAUCGGCGGCGGGGCAGCAGGGGCCGCGCCGGCGGCGUCGGUGCCGGUGCCGGGGUCCUGCGGCGACGGCCACGGCCACGGCGCCGCAGGCCUGCCGGCGAGCAGCGGCGGCGACGGGCUGGAGCUGGAUGACGUGCUGUCCGUGUCCGACUUCGACGGCAGCACCAGCCGGGGCUCGACCACGCUGCAGCCGUUCGAGUACUGGGCGCGGGCGGAGCUGCCGCCGGCGAUAGGGGCGCACGACAUGGGCGGCUGGUGCGUCGACGGCGACGGCCUCGCCGUGGCGGCGUACGAGUUCAGGGAGCCGUGCUAUUACAACUACAGCUACAACGAGAGCUCGCACGUUGACCAGCCGUACAGCCCACUCUGGGAAAUUGGGAACGAGUGAAAGAUAAAUUCAGGAAAAAAAAAAGAGGCAAGAAAAGAGAAUCGAUCAUAAACUGAAAGAAGGCAAACAGAUCUUCAGUUUCUAUGCCUCCAUUUUUUCUCUUUGAUUAUCUAAAUAUAUUAACAACAAUUAAGUUGAUGAAUGAACUGUGCGGUUAGUUUUGCUGCCUCACCAAUAAAGUUCAGAGGGAAAGGAAAGGGAAGUCAACAGGAUUAAGAGUCCUUUUCUGUUUGGCACUUCUAUCUUGAAAUUAUUUUACUAGUAGAUCAAGUCAGGGAAUAUAUCUUGGAUCUUGGCAUGAAAGCAAAAGAAGGAAGAGAGAGAGACAGAAAGGUUAGCACAUGAGAGUAAUAGUGGAACCGUGGAAUGCACAAUUUUGUGGAAAAGGACCUCUUUUGUUCUAA